UGCGGGCCUAAAAAGUUAGAACACAUUAGGUGUCUUGAUCAAACAUUAUUCGACUAAACGGUACUGCGAAGACUCUUGAAACUUCAUUUCCCAGCAUGCACGGUGCAGCUAUGUUCUCCGUGACUGGGUUUAUUUGAAGGGUCCUUGUUCGACGUAACCAGUGUACUACAUGCUGAUAUCUGGUUAAGGCUGUAUAGUGGACGGAGAGCCCCGCCGUAAGACCUGUGCCUGGGGGGAAAGGGCGGAUCGGUGUGAGGGCUCCCAGCUCUGGGCUGCUCGGGCUCCGUCACUUUUGUCACCGGCUCGUUCGGGCUCCACCUAGGAGGAAAAGCAGCCCCCCAAGCCCGACAGCCCACGGGAACAAAGGCGCAAAAGGGUCGCUGCAGAGCGAGGCCGCUGGUUUUCGGAGGCGCGCCGUGUUUUUGGAGGUCAGGAGUAUUAAACGCCUUUAUACAGUAACGGAAGAAUGGCUCAGCCCGGACUUCACCACGUCGCCAGCUCUCAAAAAGCGCUAAUGCUCGAGCUGAAAAGUCUCCAGGAAGAGCCGGUCGAGGGCUUCAAGAUAACUUUAGUGGACGAGUCGGACCUCUACAACUGGGAAGUGGCGAUAUUCGGACCCCCGAACACCCACUACGAAGGGGGCUAUUUUAAGGCCCGUAUCAAAUUCCCUGUGGACUAUCCCUACUCUCCACCCGCCUUCCGUUUCCUCACCAAGAUGUGGCACCCUAACAUUUAUGAGAAUGGCGACGUGUGCAUUUCCAUCCUGCACCCGCCAGUGGACGACCCCCAGAGCGGCGAGCUGCCAUCAGAACGAUGGAACCCCACGCAAAACGUCAGAACCAUCCUGCUGAGCGUGAUCUCGUUGCUGAAUGAGCCCAACACCUUCUCCCCAGCCAACGUGGACGCAUCGGUCAUGUACCGUAAGUGGCGUGACAGCAAAGGGAAGGACAGGGAGUAUGCCGACAUCAUCAGAAAACAGGUGCUGGCCACCAAAGAGGACGCUGACAGAGAUGGCGUCAAGGUUCCCACCACUUUGGCAGAGUACUGCGUUCGCACCCGUGCCCCGCCGCCGGACGAGGGCUCCACCCUCUUCUACGAUGACUACUAUGACGACAGGGACCUGGACGAUGAAGACGAGGAUGAGGAGGACUGCUGCUAUGAUGAGGAUGACUCGGGGACGGAGGAGUCCUGACUGCCCCCUCUCGGACCCCCCCCCCCAGUCAUUUUCCUGAUCGAAAACAGCUUUUUUUUUGGACGACCAUACCCACGUGUUUUUAACAGUCAGAUCCAAUGAAAAGCAAUGGAGUUUUUAACAAUUUUCUGUGAUCUUGGUUAUUCGAUCUGUCCUUUAAGCAUUGUUUUUCCCGCCGAGGCCCAGAACCAUUCAGUUGCAGUCCGUGUCCCAACCUGUGUACUAAGCAGCUCCUUCAGCCGAUAUUUGCACAUUUUAUAUUUUUGCUCCUUGUUACUCUGGCUUGUCAGAGGUUACACCUCGCAGAAGAGGAAAAGCCUUAAGUCCUGUGAAAGAGUGAGUGUGGGGGGCAUGAUUCUGCCGGCUGGUUCUGUGGGACUAGCUACUGAUUGUGCCGGAAUAGAGCCGCGUGAAGGUGCCCAAGGUCUUCUAUCAAACUCUCAAACAGAAACAGUGUCUCAUUCUUCUGAAAGCAAUAGCCUGGAAUGUCUAAUGUUGGAUCUUGUUUCUUUUGCAUGAUGAGGAAGAGAGACACACAAGCACCAGGAGUGCGAAAUGGUCAGCGGUCACGCCUGUGGCAGACCCUCUGAGCUUUUCAUGCUAACUGGUCGAGCAGCGUCGGAUUGUCGAGCUCCUAGCAGUUGCGCAAGUGCAUACUUGGAGUGAUCCCUUAAACGUGGCCCCGUGUCUUCAGGAAGAAGCAUUUGCAGAUGCAAGCUUCCUGGCUUUCUGUCUGCCUAUAAAGUUUUGCUCACCUCGAUGAACAAUGGGGAGUGUGUACCCCUUAAAGUACAAACUCUUCACCAAACUCUCUCUCUGUCCAAGGGAGUUUUUUAAAAAUCGGUGUCUUCCGGAAGUUCCUUCUGAUGUUUUGGCAUUUUGAUUUGAUCAGCUUAUCUGUGAGGGAAGAAAAAGGGGGAUGUCUGGCUGGUCAAAAUGGCGUGUAGCUACGUAAUUGGUGCUUGCACCUAUAAGCCCAACAAUGUGGAUAAAUUUUGCUUCUCUUGUAUGCAUAUCAUAGAACAUUUUGGAGAAAAUCUAAUUGACUGGGAUUUGUGUUGUGGGUGCAGGGCUGCCUUUUGGCUCACAGAACAGUGAUGGCUAAUUAUCCUUCUGCUCGACUUAAGUGUUAUUGAAAGAUGACUUGUGCGUCACUUAAAACAUGCAGAGUCAUGAAAAACUGCUUCAAGCUCUUUUAAAGAAUGUUGGGAAUCCUCACAAGCAUCUGCCUUGCAGAUAUCCUGUUUGUUAAACCUUUCUCACCUGUAAUUCAGGAUUCGAACAAGCAUGGUUAUCGCAGGAUUUUCUUCGGAAUCCCCAAGCUUAAAGCCCUUCUCUUUGUUCAAAGUGUGUGUUUUUUUUUUUUUUUUUUUUUUUUUUGCUGGGUGUGAAUUUGUGAAGGUGCAGGGUUAUAAAUUUUUAUUAGUUUUAUAUAUAGAGUAUUGGUCUCUGCAUCCGUAUGGGAUCUUAAGCUGCAACUUUGCAAAACUAAAAGCUCAGGAUGAUUUUAAACAAUUCUGCCACUUCUCACUGUUUCAUGAUCUCCCCCCUCUGCUUCGACUGUUUACAAUAUCUACCUUUAAUAUCGAUAUGCACAUGUGAACAUGCGUUUCCUUUUUUCAUAUGGUUUGUAAAUCCUAUUUAAAACUGAAAUAAAGAUCUUUAUUAGAAGAA